ACGUCUUUUUACGUAGUUAAUAUUCAUUCUACAAAGCGUUCGCCAUAGUAGAUUUCGUAAUUUGACAGACGGAACGGGUCGUUCUGUCUAUCAUCCUCAUUAAAGGCCGCUUUAAGGAUCAGCGCGCGCUGGCUUUCAGUCAACUUUACCUUAAACGACAAAUUAUCUGACCUACAGAUCAACAUAUACACUUCAAUGACGUGGUGAAUUCAACAGGCUGCAUCAAACAUGUAACGUUAUUAAUCAGGCUGUAUCUGAUUGGACGAGCUUGUCCUAUUAGGCGGGAUCAAACACGCAGAACGUCAGUAUGACGUGUAACAAUGCGGAAAUAAAAAUAAACCAACAUGGACAGCAGCGAGAAAGGGAACCUGUCCGAGGUGAAGCACGUGGUUCUGGUUCUGUCUGGUAAAGGUGGAGUGGGGAAAAGCACCAUCACCACCGAACUCGCCCUAGCGCUCACACAUGCAGGAAAGAAGGUGGGAAUCCUGGAUGUGGAUCUGUGCGGGCCCAGUAUCCCGCGGAUGCUGAGCGUGGGGAAGCCGGAGGUGCAUCAGUGUGACUCGGGCUGGGUUCCCGUGUACGCAGACCCUCAGCAGAAGCUCGCGCUCAUGUCCAUCGGCUUCCUGCUGGAGGACUCGGAUGAGGCCGUCGUGUGGAGGGGGCCCAAAAAAACAGCUCUGAUUGGGCAGUUUGUCAGUGACGUGGCAUGGGGCGAACUGGACAUUCUGCUAGUGGACACGCCACCGGGGACGUCAGACGAACACCUGGCCGUGGUCGAGAACCUGCGCAAACAUAAAGUGGACGGAGCCGUGCUGGUCACUACACCGCAGGCAGUGUCUACAGGAGACGUGAGGCGCGAGAUCACCUUCUGUAAGAAGACCCGUGUGAAAAUCCUGGGCAUUGUGGAGAACAUGAGCGGCUAUGUGUGUCCACACUGUUCUGAGUGCAGUAACAUCUUUUCUAAAGGUGGCGGUGAGGAGUUAGCCAAGCUCACGGGAUCUGUGUUUCUAGGCUCAGUCCCGCUGGAUCCUCUCCUGACAGCGCGUUUAGAUGAGGGACGGGAUCUCCUGCAGGUGUUUCCAGAGAGCAGCACAUACACAGCCAUCAGAGAUAUAGCAAACACUCUCCUCAGCAGCUUGGACGCCUGAAACACACCAACACGGACUGAGAGGACGCGUCACAUUCAUGUUUCAUGUGAUGUCAUUUGUGAAGAGAGAAUUUAUCUGUAAAUGUGUUUUUCCCCAUUGAACCUGAAGAUAUUAUGUUAUUGGAAAUGCAGUGUUUUUCAUACUCGUGCAACUUUCAAUAAAAAAAAUAAUUAAAUAUUAAA